ACCACUUUUUGGCCUACGUGGCUGAGUCCGUAACUUCACCUAUGUUAGGCGCGUGGGUGCAAUAUUUAGACAACAUUGACCAAUAAAAAUUGGCCAUGUGUUAAAAUAAACUUUAUUGUUGUUUAUUGUUCUUCAUCUUUAACUAAGUUUUCUUCUUCUUUAUUGUUCUUCAUCUUUAGAAAGAAAAAAACCUCCAUUAUCAUUAUCUUUCAAGUUAAAUUGCUCCUUACUUCGAAAAGGUAAAGUAAAAUUUUAGUAUAUUCUUUAUAUUUACACCUUUUUAUUUCGAUUGUUAGUUCUGAUUUUAAAUUUCUUUCACAAUUUUUAUGUAUAAAUGUUAGGGUUAUGACAAAAUCUGAGUUGAAUAAGUUGUGUAUGGAUGAGAAUGAUUCAAUGAUCAAUGCGGAAGUGCGAUGCAAGCAUGGAAUCUUAUUGCAAAUGCAGACGUCUUGGUCAUAUCGCAAUCCCGGAAGACGAUUUUGGUCUUGUCCUCACUAUGAGGCCAUGAACUGUAAUUUUUUUAGAUGGAGAGACAAAGAGAGAGUUGAUGAAAGAUCUCAGUUUAUUCUUCCGAAAUUGGUGAAUAGGAUUAAGGAGUUAGAAGAAAAAUAUGAGCAUGUGAAGAUGCAAUUGGAACAUCUUGAUAAUUCCAACAUUGAACAGUCAAAACAAGAAAAGAUUCCUUUGGAUGAAGGUGAAAGUCUUCGAAAUCGUUAUGAAAAUCUCAACAUCAAUUCAAAGGAGAAGGGUCGUAAUGUAAAAGAAAUGGGUGAUUUGAAAGAGAAGAAAAUGAAAGGGAUGAAAAUGAAGAAAAAUGAUGAAGGCUGUCGUUGUUUUGGGAAAUUCCUUUGUUGUUUGAUGAUUUGUUUUGUUGUUAUAUUUGUUAGCUUUCUAACCCAAGUUGGUAGGUUGAAGGAUCAAAUGAAAUUGCCAUAAUUUUUUGUGGUAUUGAAA